GUUCAGAGCAUCUUCUCUUGUCUCUGCUUGAAUGCUUCCUGUGAUAAGUGCUCACAGCACCAUGGGGUGGACAAUCCCAUUGUUGGGUAUUGGUCUCCUUUCCCUGGGGCAGAAAUCCAUUUCUUUAGAGGUGGAGUUUCCAAGAAGGCUCCCUGGAGAAGGGGAGGUCAGAACUGCACUUUGAAGGUAUUGAGUUGACCAGGGAAGGAAAUGUGGUGAUAUGUUCCCAGAAGAGGAAAAGCCAGAGGAACAUUUUCCAACCUGGUCCUGUGUACCCCAAUGGAAGCCUCACCAGGGGCCUUGUUGGGCAGGUUCUUUGGUGAAUAACCCUGAGAGAAUUUCAGUUACCCCCCACAAGCCCCCCCUUCUUCAUCAUCUGUCCAUGUCUUCAACAUCCGGUGGCAUCCCUUGGCCUGCCUGUCUGAGCCCCUUCAUUACUCCUUGUCUUGGGUUUUCUAGGAGACACUUUGUUAUCAAAUCCUCCAGGACAGGCAAGUGCAACAUCUAUAAUUAAGUGUGUCUGUUAUUAAAUCCUACGCCUUAAUGAAGAAUUCUUGCUGAGGUGCAUGGAGCGUGAGUGAGGAAGUAAAAUGUCCUAGAAUUCACAGAAGCUCCGAGCUGCAGGCUGGGAUAGAAAUGAACAAAAUCCCCAGUGACUGAGCUACAGACUGUCCUCAUCUAGGAACUUCUCACCGUGUCCUGAUAAGCCACUUCUUGCCUCCAAGGAAGAAUACUUGGGAGUUAAACUGAUAAAGAAGCCAGCUCAUAGUUGUCACUGUGGCUGGGGACAGGGUGAUACAUAGAUAAACAGUGAUGAAGAUGUUGAUGCAGUUGAUGGAGGUGCUAGAGAAAAGGAUGCAGAAAAGUGAAGAAUGAGGGAGACUUCUGGAGAAGUCUCUGCCUCCACUGGGGAGAAGCCAAGAGACUUGAAAGCCUUUUAAGUCUUGAGGACACUCGCCCUGACUCACCUGCUGCGACAGGGUGUCUCCCUGCGAAGCCCGUCUUUCACACACAGACAAAUGCCGCAUGCUUGAGGGCGUGUCUCUAUUUCCUUGGGUAGAAGAUAGUUCUUCAGUUCCCAAACAGAAUCUGGAAUUCGUUCUCCUUGGGAGGAAGCCACCGGGACCGCCUGAGGGUGGAGGAGACUGCCCUUCUCUGGGCAUCCAGGGAAGACUCCACCUCCUCAAUUGACCGAGACCACCAGAUGCGGACGUGCCUGAAGACCUCUCAUUAGAAGAGAGAGAAGAACUUUUAGACAUUCGUCGAAGAAAGAAGGAACUUAUUGAUGACAUUGAGAGGCUGAAAUAUGAAAUUGCCGAAGUGAUGACUGAGAUUGACAAUCUGACUUCAGUGGAGGAGAGCAAAACUACCCAGAGGAACAAGCAGAUAGCCAUGGGGAGGAAGAAAUUCAACAUGGAUCCCAAAAAGGGAAUUCAGUUUCUAAUAGAAAAUGACCUGCUGCAGAACUCCCCAGAAGACGUAGCCCAGUUCCUGUAUAAAGGAGAAGGCCUAAAUAAGACUGUGAUUGGGGACUAUCUGGGUGAGAGGGACGACUUUAAUAUUAAAGUUCUCCAGGCGUUUGUCGAACUCCAUGAGUUUGCUGAUCUGAACCUUGUCCAAGCCUUAAGGCAGUUCUUGUGGAGCUUUCGACUUCCGGGGGAGGCUCAGAAGAUCGACCGCAUGAUGGAGGCGUUUGCGUCCCGCUAUUGCCUGUGCAACCCGGGCGUUUUCCAGUCCACAGACACCUGCUAUGUGCUGUCGUUUGCCAUCAUCAUGCUCAACACCAGCCUCCACAACCACAAUGUGCGGGACAAGCCCACGGCUGAGCGCUUCGUCACCAUGAACCGUGGCAUCAAUGAGGGAGGGGAUCUCCCGGAGGAGCUGCUGCGGAACUUAUACGAGAGUAUCAAGAACGAGCCGUUUAAGAUCCCCGAGGAUGAUGGCAAUGACCUGACACACACGUUCUUCAACCCUGACCGUGAGGGCUGGCUCCUGAAGCUGGGAGGAGGGCGGGUGAAGACCUGGAAGCGGCGGUGGUUCAUCCUCACCGACAACUGCCUCUAUUACUUCGAGUACACGACAGACAAGGAGCCCAGGGGCAUCAUUCCCCUGGAAAACCUCAGCAUCAGAGAGGUGGAGGACCCCCGGAAACCGAACUGUUUCGAGCUUUAUAACCCGAGCCAUAAGGGCCAGGUCAUCAAGGCCUGUAAAACGGAGGCGGACGGCCGAGUGGUGGAGGGGAACCACGUCGUGUACCGGAUCUCUGCCCCGAGCCCUGAGGAGAAGGAAGAGUGGAUGAAAUCCAUCAGAGCAAGCAUCAGCAGGGAUCCCUUCUAUGACAUGCUGGCCACGAGGAAGAGGAGGAUUGCCAAUAAGAAAUAGAUCCCUCCUGGCCGCAACAGGUGAAAGUGGAAGCCGAAAUCCCGCAGCAGAAAGUUGACUGGGAGCCUCCCCGUACAGACACCCUGGGCCCAACCUCGCCCUCCUGCCGCCUCCCCCGAGGAGGCAGCGCCUGCACCGGGCGGCGGCUUCACGGAGGCGCCACUCUGGGGUCGCCGAGGGCGCGGCCCGUGCUCUGAGGGGCCUUCUGUGCGGGGCGCCGCCCGCGCGUCCCAACGCCGCCUCCGUGGACAGGACCUCGUGCCCCGCGGGCCACAUGCGCACUCCCCGUGGCUGUGUUCACCAUUCUAGAAGCCGCCGUUUUCUAUCAGGACAAGAAAGGAAAAGCUACCACUUUUUUAUUCAGAGUUUUUUCUCAGAUAUAUAGGAUUAUAGCUUUUAUAUGCCUUUUUAUAUUCUGAAAUUAUAACAAAAGAUACUUACUUUCUAACAGUAUUUUUAGAAUGGCAGCUAUAAACAGAACUCCUGGGCACAAGUACAGGACACAAGUACAUGCACUGAGGAAACCUCUGUCCACACAUGUGCAGUGCAGAGGGGCAGGCACCUCGGUGCCCCCAAGGGGCCCAGGGCUGGGCUCCAGGGGGUGGGCAGGCUCCAGGGCUACUCUUCAGCGCAGACCUUGUGCCCCCACAGAGUACCCUCUGAAAAGGCAGAUCUUUAACAUCGAAGUGAUGGUUCUGGGUGUUUCUCUUGUGACUGCAGUCCUGCGCAGCCCGGGUGCUGAGCCCCACGGAGCAGCUGCUUUGGCCUGUGUGGCCCGCCAGCUAGUGGUUCCCUGUGGGUCAGUCUUCGCUAUUGAAAACCUGUUGGCAAAACAAAUACUUUUUACAGACCCGAUGAUAAUUUGACCAGAUCUUUUAACCUAACACAUAUAGACAAAUAACGAGAACGAACCUUACUCCAUGUUUUCAGAGACUUACUCUCUCGCUACGAGCAGGGAGAGAGGACGCUGUGGGAUGAAGGCACGGGGCACUGAGGGUUUCCUGUAAAUAGUGUAAAACCCCACAUAUGCACUGGUGGUGGAACUUCAGAGGAUCCACCAUCAGGUAGUUGUCAGGUUGCUGUUGAUCUCAUGGUAGGUGCUCAGGGCGGCUGCCGGAGGGAAGGUGGAUCUCCGAGCAGGACAGGGGGUGCUGGUGGGUGAGGUUGGGGUGCUGUGUGCUGGGACGCUGCAUCUGGGUCUUUGGGAUGGAACCCCCUGGCCCACGCGGCUGUUCUGGCGGUGGGUCCCCGGACCGUCCUGUGCCACAUGCAAGUCCCAGAAAGCAGCCCUCAGACCGUGAGCACCUGUGUGAAGAUGUUAAGUACAAGUGACUGUUCCUGUGAGUUGCCUUGGUGCUGGAACUGACCGGCUGCGGGCCCCUGGCCUCGACGCCGCUGACCUUGACGUAGCUUUAAGUCCCACUAAAUGCAAAGGGGUCUGAGCCCAGGACUCUCUGACCUGCAUUGAACUGAUUGUUUCAUUCCCAAGCUUUUAGGCUUUGUUACUGUACUGAUACCUCAAAUUCGAAACUGUAGUUUUUGAGAAAGGCGAGUAUAUGUGCCGGCAUAUAUGCAACUCUGGCCUCCGGUCUUCCACGGACACGCGGCGCCUGGAGCCCGGGCCCAGCGCUGCUCAAGAGCGCCCCGGCGGCGGCGGCCCGAUCGGUAGCUCCCGCGAGGGAGAGCGUCCCUCUGUCCUGCGGCCGCCCCAGCUAGGCCCCUGGGGAAGCAGGGCUUUCUGGCCCCGGGCUUGGCCUCAGCGGGGUUGGGAGAAGCAAGCUUCAGGAAGGCCCGGUAGGAACUGUUCCUCCCCGGUCAUGGCUCUUUCCCCAGGAGCGAGGCAGAGGCCGCGGUGCUUAGAAUCCGUGGGACCUGCCCCCCAUGUUACGGGAGAUCCUCUCGUUCCCCGUCUAUGUGGUGACAGUAUUAACACGACGGGCACACCAGCCGUCGGACCCACUCCACCUGCGGGCAGGCCCGUCCAGGCCGCCGCCCGGACCUCAGCCUCCCCCCCCCCCCCCCCCCGCCCCACGUCUGCGUGGCGUGCUUGAAUUGAGGCCAAGGGCAGGCGGCAGUGCAGGGGGGGGGGCGCGCCAGGCGGGCCUCCGUGAACGCUCGAGGUUUAACUGGAUGACCCUGGACCCAGGCAAGCGUCUUCAGGAUCAUGGAACAACUGUCAACAGUUUAAUGUGGUACCAAACUGAAUCAAAAUAGGAGCUAUUUAUAGGUGAAGCAGCAUUUAAUGCUUCAUAUAAAGCAAUGCAUAUUUUUUAAAGUUAAAAUGCGUAUUAUUGACGUAGAUGUGCUUUGCUGGGGAAGUUAGGUCUGUUGUAGACCUGAAACCACACGUUGUGAUUUCACAUUUUCUUAUUUUUUCUUAGACAUUUCUAUUUACGGUAAAUAGUUAAUAUGUAAAUAAUGUACAUAGAGCUUUCUGGAGUGUUUGUUAUUCAGUGUAUAUACUCCCACCACCUGCAUGAAUACCCUAUCAAUAUUUUGUUGUAAAAUGAAUAGUAAAAAUGGAAGGUGUAUGGCCGUCAAAUUGCAAAUACUGUGUUCACAAAAUUAAAAAUGCAUUGUUUAAACAA